AUCAUAGACGCUAAACUGGCGUGCGUUUCGAAAUAAAACUAUAGUCGGAACGGGCGCGUGAGAAGGCAUAAAUAACUUAGUCAUCAGUUACGUCGAUAGUAAUUGCUUAUGCUUAUGUAGCUGUUAGCACGAUUCCUUGAUGUGUGUUUUCGCGAGUUUUCCGAAUUCGUUUUUCCGAUUUUUCCGCUAUGUGGUCUGCCUUUGGAGCGGCUAGAAGAGGCGUUCGUACGUAGACUCGAGGACGAGUGUGUCACUGGGCCAAACGAAGUGCGCAUAGCUGCUGCCAGAACAAGUAUCUCUUCAUAGCAAAUAUGAGACGGAAAAUGAUCUACCGAGAUCCUCGCUUCCCUUACAGACAUCGACAGUCUCCACAAAUCGUCAUGAAGACUGAACCAUCUUCUGCGGUUGUGGUACCUGAUAACUUAUCAGAGGGCUGUCGGUCUCCGGUCCAAUCUGAAGAUCAUCUGGACCAACAACACUAUUGCUUAAGAUGGAACAACUACCAAAGCAAUAUGACAACGGUCUUCCACCAGCUCCUGAGGAACGAGGCGUUUGUGGAUGUCACACUUGCUUGCAAUGAUUUGUCCCUGAAGGCGCACAAGGUAGUGCUUUCUGCAUGUUCUGCUUAUUUUCAAAAAUUGCUGUUGGAAAAUCCAUGCAGUCAUCCUACGAUAAUUAUGCCCUCAGAUAUUUGUUUUUCGGAUUUACAAUUUAUAAUUGAGUUCGUCUAUAGAGGAGAAAUUGAUGUAUCGCAGGAUGAAUUACAGUCGUUACUCCGAACAGCUGAUCAACUAAAAAUCAAAGGGCUUUGUGAGGUGGAAUCCAAUCCAGGCCCAGAUGACAUAGAAUUUUCUAAUUCAGCGCAGGUAUCGCCACCGUCCAGAAAAGUGCCAAUUAAACAAUUUCGUCAUCUCGGACGGCCAAAUACUAACACUACCAAUACAAUUAAUUUCGGGAACUCCAAUAAUCGAUUGGGAUCUGGUGGACCACCAAAUAAGCGCCAAAGACGUUUCCGUCCUACUAUAAAUACUACACCAACUGCUGCAGGAAACACCACACGCCUUGAUGAGGCCUACGAAGAAGAGGAUUUAGAAGAGGACAAGUCUCCGCCGUCGAACCUGGUGCGUAAGCAUCAGUCGGAACAGCCAACUCGAAAUGGAGUUGUGAAACUGGAACCGACGGGAGACACGGAUAGUGGUGAUUUAGACGCCGGAAAAGGCAAAAAUAGUGAAGAGACACCAAAUUCGGACAAAGAUAAGCAAAAAUCUGCAGAUAUGUCGCUGGUCAUGUUGGAGACGAGGCGUUCUGCCGCCAAUGGGCAUGAUCUCUCGGAGAGUAUAAACCCUGGGGUAUAUACGUCGCAGAAUUUCCUGCACAGUACAGCCCUGUGCGAUGAGUACGCGCCAGAACCACCCGCCCCGACGGCUACACCUGUUACAGAACACAAUACAAUGCUUGACCAUCGUGGAGACUCUGGAGAUACUUUAGUUCUAGACGGAACGGAAGAUGUCAAAGUAAAACUAGAAACAUUACGAACAAUCGAGCAGUCACCAGACAAUGACUACCAAAGUAGAAUUGCUGAUAUCGAUAUGGAAAUGUCUCAGCACUCUCAUAAUUCUAUGCAUUCCGAUCAUUCCAUGGAUCAUCAGGGCGAUGGAGAUCAUUAUGAUCCGACUGAUCACCUGUCGGUUUCGCACAGCAUGCUCGUUACACCUGAGUUGCUGGGACUGUUACCAAAUAGCGGUCCUUCAGAUAUGAUGUAUGGUGACAUGAUGUCCGAUGGUAGUAAUGAAGACAUCAAACCCCACAAAUUCAAUAGUAACGGAUCGAUGAACCAGUACGGCGGUAAUUUAUCAGGAAGCGCUACUCCGGAACAUGGAAUGCAUCGAAUGAAUAACGGCCCCAAGACCUGGUCUCAAGAAGAUAUGGACCAAGCGUUGAAUGCUUUGAGAAACCAUAACAUGAGUCUUACGAAGGCCUCUGCAACUUACGGCAUACCAUCAACAACUUUAUGGCAGAGAGCACAUCGUCUAGGUAUUGAUACUCCAAAGAAAGAAGGUGCUACAAAAAGUUGGAGCGAAGAUAGUUUGAAUAAUGCUCUGGAAGCUUUACGGACAGGGACUAUUUCGGCCAACAAAGCGAGCAAAGCUUACGGUAUACCGAGUAGUACUUUGUAUAAAAUAGCUCGUCGCGAAGGAAUACGCCUUGCGGCUCCUUUCAAUGCUGCACCAACAGCCUGGACGCCUGAAGAUUUAGAAAGAGCACUAGAAGCAAUCCGAACUGGACAGACAAGUGUUCAGAGAGCCAGCGCGGAAUUUGGAAUACCUACAGGAACUUUAUAUGGCCGAUGUAAAAGAGAAGGAAUUGAAUUGUCGAGGUCAAAUCCAACACCAUGGUCUGAAGACGCAAUGGGUGAAGCUUUGGAAGCAGUCAGAAUUGGUCAAAUGUCCAUUAACCAAGCUGCUAUACAUUAUAAUCUGCCUUAUUCUUCAUUAUAUGGAAGAUUCAAACGAGGCAAAUAUGAUGUUGAACAAAUAGGUUCACUUUCCGGAGGCAACAUGAACGCUGAGGGAGACUCACCAGAGGGGCUGGUUGGCAACUAUCAGAUGCAACAUCAAAACCAACACGAUUCACCUCAGUCUUACCAUAACCAUUCCAGUUGAAGCUAUGAAAAUAAUAUAAAAUAUUAUUUAGUGUAAUAACUGUAAAUAGUAGAAUAAUACACA